UACUACACGCUGCUCACAGCCAUGUUCAGCCAGAUGUCGCUGGGCCACUUGGGCGCCAACAUGCUGGGGCUCUACUUCUUCGGGCGGCAGAUCGCCGAGGUGCUGGGCCCCCGCCGGUUCCUCUAUCUGUACCUGGUCGGGGGCGUGCUGUCGUCCGCGGCGGCCGUGCUGGAGCAGCAAAAGUCCGGCCGCCUGACGUUCAACCUGGGCGCCAGUGGGGCGGUGAACGCCAUCACGGCCAUGAGCGUGCUGCUGUUCCCG